GUAUCAGUUACUCUUUCUUUUCAGCAGAUGGAAACCCUCUCCAUAGCCUCUCUCUAAAAUCCCCUUCUGUGUUCAUCCAUUUCUUUACCUCCUCAGCAAUGGAAGUUUUCACCAAAACCAUCUCAGCCUUUAACCACCUUAGUUGGUUUUCUGCCUUUUGACUUUGUAUUCCCUUAGCCCUUUUUUUAUGUCUUAUUGUUUUGUUCCCUUUUAGUUUAAUGCCACAUUAAAACAAUUAAAUAAAUCUAGGAUUCUAUCAAUAUAUGGGGUUGUCACCAAGUUCAAACCAGCUUGUGCUUUGCUAGAUUUCUGCUCUGUUCUUAUUUAUCUGCUGCUGCUCUUUUUCUUUUGAAUUUAAACCAAUUUAGCAUAUUCUGAAGGGGUUCACCAGAUUUACCUUUCUCUCAGGGAUAUCACAUCUGGGUCUCUCUCCAUUGGAGCUAUCAUGAUCUUUUCAAGGUGCUAUCUUUUCCGUUCUUUGUUCAGUUAUCCUCAUGGGUUCCUUAUUUCAGUUUGAUUUUCGGUUAAUAACUACAAAUUCCUUGUAUUGCUCUUUCAAAGUCUAGAUUUCUCUUGUUUUUUUUAUUUAUGUUAUACUUCCUAGUUGAUAAUUAGAGGUUCUUGAAUUGCUUUUUCUGUAUUAGAACGUAAGAUUUCAUUUCCUUCAAUUGGUAAUCUUCGUGGGUUUUUGAUUCCUGUUGAGUUUGAUUUGUAGUGGUUCCUCUACUGCUCUGCCUUUAUAAGAACCCUAAGGUUCGGUUGAGCUCAAACAGCAUCCAUCUCUUUGUUCCUUAGAAAUUUCCUUGAUUUUUUAAUGAUGAGUGAUAGUGGAUUAAAAAUAUUUGUUUUUGCUUUGUCAAUCUUGAGCUUGGCAUGGCUUUGUUGUGGAUUUAAUCCUGUAGACAAUUACCUUAUAGACUGUGGAUCAAUCAGCGAUACUACAGUGGGCGACCGUGUUUUCUUGGCUGAUAACUCUACCUCAAACACCCUUUCAACCCCAAAAAACAUUUUUGCCAAAUCUUCAACAUCUGUCACUUCCUCUGAUGAUUCAUUGCUGUAUCAAACAGCAAGAAUCCUCGAUGGAACCUCAAAAUACUCAUUUUCAAUUCAGCAACCUGGAAGACAUUGGAUUCGCCUUUAUUUUUAUCCAUUUGUUCAUGAUAGUUACAAUAUGAGCAAGGCAAAUUUUGAUGUUUCCACCCAAGACCAUGUCCUUAUGAGCAAUUUCAGUGUGAACUCUAAUGUUGUUAAAGAAUUUUCAGUUAACGUAACCUCGAGUAGCCUUGAAAUUACUUUCACCCCAUCCAGCAAUUCAUUUGCAUUCUUGAAUGCCUUCGAAGUUGUUUCCGUCCCUGAUACACUCAUUACAGAUGGUGCCAGCACUUUUAAUCCGUUGGGGAAAUUCCAAGGCAUGCUUUCACAGGCACUGGAGACCAUUUUUAGGGUGAACAUGGGUGGACCAACAAUUCUCCCUGAAAAUGAUACCCUUGGGCGAACUUGGGUUCCUGAUCAAAGUUUUCUCAUCAAUAAGAAUUCUGCAACAAACAUAUCAAGAAUCAGCGCUGUGAAGUAUGUAGAUGGUGGAGCAACACCAAAUAUUGCUCCUAAUACUGUUUAUGGUACUGCGACCAUGAUGAACUCAGCAGAUAAUCCCAGCAGCAAUUUCAAUGUGACCUGGCAGUUCAAUGUUGAUCCUGGAUUUCAGUACCUCGUUCGGUUUCACUUCUGUGACAUAGUAAGUAAAGGUCUUAACGACCUCUACUUUGAUGUUUACAUUGACUCUUGGAUUGUAUCGAACGAUCUUGAUCCUAGUGUUCUAUUAUUUAACACUUUGGCGGGUGCACUUUAUUUGGAUUUUGUCACAGCAUUAACUGUGAACAAUAAGCUUCUUGUUAGUAUUGGUCCAAGCUCCCUUCCUAAUGUCUCACCCAAUGCCAUUCUAAAUGGGCUGGAGAUAAUGAAAAUGAACAAUUCCCUGGGGAGCCUCAGUAGGUCAGCAUCUUUGCUUUCUGAUUCAAGUUCUAAGAAGAAUGUUGGCAUGAUAGUUGGCUUGACCUUUGGGGCAGUUAUUGCUGUGGUGUUGGCUGCAAUUAUCUUUAUGUUGUGCAGAAAAAGGAAAAAGUUGGCACGUCAAGGCUAUUCAAAGACAUGGAUUCCUCUAUCUAUUAGUGGGGGACAUUCUCACACUGUGGGCAGUAAGUAUUCUAAUGGAACAACUGUUAGUGUUGAUUCUAAUUUGGGAUAUCGCAUUCCUUUUGUGGCAGUUCAAGAGGCCACAAACAACUUUGAUGAGAGUUGGGUUAUCGGUAUUGGUGGUUUUGGGAAGGUGUACAAGGGAGCUUUAAAUGACGGUACAAAGGUGGCUGUUAAAAGGGGAAAUCCGCGCUCCCAACAGGGACUAGCAGAGUUCCAGACUGAAAUUGAGAUGCUAUCCCAGUUCCGACAUCGCCAUCUAGUUUCAUUAAUUGGGUACUGUGAUGAAAAAAAUGAGAUGAUCUUAAUAUAUGAAUACAUGGAGAAUGGCACUCUCAAGGGUCAUCUCUAUGGCUCUGGUCGUCCUAGCUUGAGUUGGAAGGAAAGGCUUGAGAUAUGUAUUGGAGCAGCUAGAGGACUUCAUUACCUUCACACUGGCUAUGCUAAAGCAGUCAUUCAUCGUGAUGUGAAGUCUGCAAAUAUCUUGCUUGAUGAGAAUCUAAUGGCCAAAGUUGCUGAUUUUGGGCUUUCAAAGACAGGACCUGAAAUUGAUCAGACCCAUGUGAGUACAGCAGUGAAGGGGAGUUUUGGGUACCUUGAUCCUGAAUAUUUCAGAAGGCAACAACUAACAGAGAAAUCAGAUGUGUAUUCAUUUGGGGUGGUUUUGUUUGAGGUUCUUUGUGCAAGACCUGUUAUAGAUCCAACCCUUCCAAGGGAAAUGGUGAACUUAGCAGAAUGGGCAAUGAAGUGGCAGAAAAAAGGGCAGUUGGAGCAAAUAAUAGAUCCUACACUUGUGGGGAAAGUAAGACCUGAUUCUCUUAGGAAAUUUGGUGAAACUGCUGAGAAAUGCUUAGCUGACUUUGGCGUUGACAGGCCUUCUAUGGGAGAUGUCUUGUGGAACCUUGAGUAUGCUCUUCAACUUCAAGAGGUAGUUGUUCCUGGUGAUCCUGAAGAAAACAGCACUAACAUGAUUGGUGAGCUUUCUCCACAAAUCAACAAUUUCAGCCAUGUUGAUAUUAGCGUUUCUACUGCUCAAUUUGGAGCAUCAAGUGUGGAUGAUCUCUCUGGGGCUUCAAUGAGUAAAGUAUUCUCACAGCUAGUAAAGUCUGAGGGGAGAUAACUUGUUGGAGACGGUAUAUUUUGUGAGUUUAGCUCCUUCUUUGAUAUCAUUUCUUUGGUUUGUCUUCUCACCAAUCACUACUUUCUACACCAGAGUAGAUAGAGGAAUUCUUUUUAUUUGAUGUGGAGAAGGAAGAACAUGAAUUUACUAAGGACAAUCCUUGUUCUGGUAAAAUCAAGAAAGCAUCUUCUCUGAUUACAGCAUGGCUUUUCUGCUUAGCUUUUGGCAAUACAGAGAGAAGGUGCUCCAUGUUCUAUGGCUAGUCAUCUUCUAGUAGGUGUCUAAGCCACACGAAAUUGUUUCUGGAGUUCUGCAUAUUGAGUUUUCUCUUUUGUACAGCAGGGAAGGUGCUUCAAGUGAGUUUUAGGGAAUUCGUAAGAAUGUUGAUUUUCUUAUGUCAUAUGAAAUACCUUGGUAUUAACUGCA